AUGAGGACUGCUGUGAUGAGUGUCGUAGUGAGUGUCGCGGUGAGUGCGGUGGCAGUGGCGGUGGUUGUUGCGGCGUGUCUGGGUGUGGCAGCUGCAGGGAACGACUUCACAGGACGGUGGACAGUGGUUGUGCCGCAGCGCAAUGACUUUGAUGCACCAGGCGCGCCCCCAGCACCCUCCUACAGAUACAACCAUGAGCUCCUGUUUGAUGCAAAGCGAGACCGCUUGCUUGUCUUCUUGGGAUACUUCUACGACCAUCGCCGCCAUCGUCCCACUUGGUGCAGUGAUACGUGGGAGUUUGACCUCGACGCGGGACACUGGAAGCUGGUGAACGAUGGGAAGGACAACAGUGCACCGCAGGCCAGAUACGGACACUCAGUCGUGCUCAUCGACCCUGACACGGCUGUUCUAUUCGGAGGCGACGUUGGGGAUCGCAAUGCCCCAUAUGGCGGGAAGCUCAACGACCUGUGGCUGUUUGAUCUCCUCACGAACACGUGGAAGGAACUGCAUCUGAACGGCCCUCUGCCACAACCAAGAUCGCUGCAUGCAAGCGCAGCGCUUCACGAUCUGACCGGCGCCUCGCACAUGGUCGUGCACGGUGGGCUUGGCGUGGAGGACACGUGGGUGUUGGAUAUGACGCGGCUCAAAUGGCACAAACACGUGCCGCCCACCGCCAGCGCGCACGCCCAGCCCUCCACUCCCGGCUACCGCUACGGGGCGACGCUGACGACAAUGGUGGUGGAUGGCCGAGAGGCGGCCGUGCUGUUUGGGGGCGGAGAUCUCAACACACGCCAGCUCUUCAACGACGUGUGGGCGUUUACACUUGGCUCGCACCAAGGCGGAAGGAGGCAACGUGACAGCGACGGUGAUGGUGAUGGUGAUGGUGAUGGUGAUGGUGGUGUGGUUGGCCGGUGGAAGCGGUUACAGGACGCCAGCCGUGGCCCAACAGCCAACGCACCCGUCACCACCCUCGAUGGCACGUUGAAGCCGAGCGGCAGGAACUAUCACGCUGCAGCCGCCGUCGCGCUUCCCUCGCAUGACGCCAACAGCGCCAUGCUGCUCAUUUUCGGCGGAGCAAACUGCACAGGACAAUGCAACUUGCACAAUGACAUGUGGUUGUUUGAUCCGAGCACCACAGAAUGGCACGCCGUGGUUGACGAGCAGCAGUCCAUCAGCACCCGGUAUCAUCACAAGCUUGCAGUGGACCAGGGGAGACGUGCGGUGUACACGUUUGGUGGCGAGUCGUAUCGUCCACGACAGCGACAAGAGCAGGCGCAGUGGCAAGGCAUCGGGUCCCUUUGA